GUGCUCUACAGAUACAGACUAGUCUGUGGUGUACUCAUGCCAUCAUACACUACUUCUUCUACACACUUGAACAUGACGAUGGUAUGAGCAAGUUGCGAGGCUGUCGCACAGCCUGCAAGCUGCUGUCCUGGCUCUGUACUACACAAGCAGCUGCACGACCCGCGGCACUCAGAACUCUGGUGGAGGCUGUACUCGAGUCCCCGCACAGCACUCUCUUUGGCAGUGUGGCACCUGGCAACAUCAGUGGCAACCCUCCUCCUGUCUCUUUACUACAGGAGAAUCUCAAACAGACUUCAGGUACGGCGAUGGCUCAGAAGCACCUCUCUGUGUUCCACGCUGGGGUGAUUGGCUACGGUUUUGCGCACACCCGCAGACCAGUCAGGCUACCUGAGGCAACUAUACGCAGUAACACUCGGUUGCUUGUCUCAGCAAUCACUGCGUGUUGCCAGGACUCGAAUCAGUUGGCGCUAGACGCAGUUACCAACCUAGCCUUGCUGCUCGUGGAGUUACUCUCUCCGGAUGUCAUGUACAACGGUCUGCCUUGGCCUGAGGAGGACUUCUGCAAGGUAACUGUGGAAAGGGACCUGUACAUCGCUCAGAGGUUGCGCAGUGCACCAGUGGUGUGGUCACUGCUGCGCGUAGUGGCAUCACACCGGCCGGCACUGUGUUACUGCUCGGUGUUGCUGCGCGCAGCAGCGGCUGUGGCAGUGGGCCGGUGGCUGGCUGCGGCACAACAAGGCAAAGGCCCUGGAGAGGACACGGCACUCGUCAACCGGACUGUCACAUUGCUGGAGAUAAUGUCUCUGGGUCAACUACUACCACCUCCACUGUCCAGCAUAGCACUGGCUGUGCCUCACCUGCCACCACAAACAGGUAUGGUUGUGUUGUUGCUGCGUGAAUGCGUGUGGAAUUACAUGCGAGAUCAUGUCCCCUCUCCUGCCCUGUUUUCACGGGACCCUAGUGGACUAAUGUGGCGGGAUCCUGCCCUCUCUCGCCCACCUAAACAGUACACAGAGACUUUCCGGGUUAUCCUGCAACGUAACAUCGGUAAGAUGGGACAACUAUAUGCCCAACUCUUCAUCUUCUCUCCCACAGAACCAUAGUAAUGUUUACAUGGAAAUUUUGUAAAUAUGUGAAUAAUAAUGUAAAUAAUUCUUAACUAAAAUAAACUAACAUGUCUUUA